CUGUGUGUGUGUGUGUGUGUGUGUGUGUGUGUAGUUCCCUGUCAUUUUGGCCCCUGUGUAAGAUCUGUGGAACCGCCACUGCGAUCAAGAUGUAGCACUGCCUAUUACCACAAAGCUCUCCCCUUCAUAGUCACCCCUGACCCACGAGACAUCUUUGAAAGAAUGGAAAUCGUGAGAGAGGGCCCAGGGACCAGAAAUGGGUCCUCAAAUCCGAGGCCAGAGGUGAGAUUUCAACUCCAUUCGGGAAAAAAGACGGGCACAGUCUGUUCCAGUCUGCUCUUGGAAACACGUUUGGUUUCAGAUUGGCUGUCCUUAGUCACCCAGACAGGGAUCCCCAGACAACUGUGCUUCCUCCCUUCCCUCUGCACUGGCAGUAUAGUUUGGGGAGGUGCUUAGAAAUGCCAGGACAUCCUGAGUCUGGAAUAAAACAUGGGGUGACCAGGGCAGACCUUGGGUUCAGCCCCUAGUGUCUACCUUGCCUUGUCCAGCAGACCUGUGCCACACACAACUCCUUUAGCCACUCACACAAAGAGGGUUCCUCCAUUUGUACUUUCUGUUCUGGGCUGAAAAAUGUCAGGACAGACCUGCCCCAUGAGACCGUACAGGUGAAAUAUAAAGAGGUAAGACAGAGUCCUCUGCCCAGAUGGAGAGAGACCUGCCCUGCUUCCCUGGGAGUUCUGGAUACUGUGAGAGAGAAAGGCUUAAAGAAACCCAAGUCUGAUGCAGGAGACAAACUCAGUUCUUUGGGGGCUCAGAGCCUAGCAGCAGUGACAAGAGAGAAUUCUCCAAAAGGGCAUGACAAAGGAAAGACACCACAUAUGUGGUGAAUCAGGAGUGCUGAGAAGGCUUCCUGUAGGAGGUGGCACUGAAGUUGGCACAAGAAUGAUCCUCUAUAGAUGUUCAAGAAAAAAAGGUGAUGAUUGAAUUGUGCAGGGGAAGAAGUAUGUAGGUAUGGUUAGGGCAAGGGGUACAGGGUGAGGGCAGGUCAGGGGGAGAGGGGGCCAUAAGGAAAAGAUGUGGAGAGAGGGCAGCCUGCCAGAAACUGCAUGUGGUGGGGAGAACAGGAUGAGAUGUGGUAUGGAGCAAGGGCCUGUGAGAGCGCCUGAGGUUCCAGGGGGAGGAGCUGAGUUCACACCAGCACCUCCCAGAUCUGGAAGAGCUCCAGGGCCAGAGGCUGGUUUCCCUGUUUACAGUCAACUCCUGCAGGAGAGGAGGGGUGAGGGGAGGGGUGGCCACAGGGGCAGUCUGGUAAGCUCACUCCGGCUCCAGCUGGGCCCGUAGUGUUGCACUCACCACCAGCAGGCUCAGGCACUCGGGUCUGGCCUGCCACCUCGCCAUGGCCACGAAGGCAGACGGUAGGCCCGGGGGGCUCCCCAGCGGUGGCUGUGACCUGGGCAUAGCCCAAGAGCACAUGCAAGCGGUCACCCGAAACUACAUCACCCACCCCCGUGUCACCUACAGGACAGUGUGCAGCGUCAAUGGGCCCUUGGUGGUGCUGGACCAGGUCAAGUUUGCCCAGUACGCUGAGAUUGUCAACUUCACCCUCCCUGAUGGGACUCAGAGAAGCGGGCAGGUGCUUGAGGUGUCAGGGACCAAGGCAAUUGUUCAGGUGUUUGAAGGAACCUCUGGGAUCGAUGCCCAGAAGACCACCUGCGAAUUCACAGGGGACAUCCUACGGACUCCAGUGUCAGAGGACAUGCUAGGUCGGGUUUUCAAUGGCUCCGGUAAGCCCAUUGACAAGGGGCCAGUGGUCAUGGCAGAGGACUUCCUGGACAUCAAUGGCCAGCCCAUCAACCCCCAUGACCGCAUCUACCCUGAGGAGAUGAUUCAGACGGGCAUCUCUCCCAUCGAUGUCAUGAAUAGCAUUGCCCGUGGUCAGAAGAUCCCUAUCUUCUCAGCAGCCGGGCUCCCCCACAAUGAGAUUGCCGCCCAGAUCUGCCGCCAGGCUGGGCUGGUGAAGAAGUCCAAGGCUGUGCUGGAUUAUCACGAUGACAACUUUGCCAUUGUCUUUGCAGCCAUGGGGGUGAACAUGGAGACAGCCAGGUUCUUCAAGUCCGACUUCGAGCAGAACGGUACCAUGGGGAACGUCUGCCUCUUCCUGAACUUGGCCAACGACCCCACGAUCGAGCGGAUCAUCACCCCACGCCUGGCACUGACCACUGCUGAAUUUCUCGCCUACCAGUGUGAGAAGCACGUGCUGGUCAUACUGACCGACAUGAGUUCCUACGCAGAGGCCUUGCGGGAGGUCUCCGCUGCCAGAGAGGAGGUGCCCGGGCGCCGAGGUUUCCCAGGAUACAUGUACACAGACCUGGCCACCAUCUAUGAGCGGGCAGGCCGUGUGGAAGGCCGGGGAGGAUCCAUCACUCAGAUCCCCAUCCUCACCAUGCCCAAUGAUGAUAUCACCCACCCAAUCCCAGACCUGACGGGCUUCAUCACAGAGGGACAGAUCUACGUGGAUAGACAGCUUCAUAACAGACAGAUCUAUCCCCCCAUCAAUGUGCUCCCUUCCCUGUCGAGGCUAAUGAAGUCCGCCAUUGGGGAGGGCAUGACGAGAAAGGACCAUGGAGAUGUCUCCAACCAACUGUAUGCUUGCUAUGCCAUCGGGAAGGAUGUGCAGGCCAUGAAGGCGGUGGUGGGGGAGGAGGCGCUCACUUCCGAGGACCUGCUCUACCUGGAAUUCCUGCAGAAGUUCGAGAAGAACUUCAUCAACCAGGGUCCCUACGAGAACCGCUCCGUGUUUGAGUCCUUGGACCUGGGCUGGAAGCUGUUGCGCAUCUUCCCCAAGGAGAUGCUGAAGCGCAUCCCGCAGAGCGUGUUGGAUGAGUUCUACUCCCGCGAGGGGGCGCCGCAGGACCCCGCGUCAGACACAGCGCUCUAGCCCUGCCCACAGUCAGACCCCAGACUGUGUCCUGGGACCCCUGCUACACCCGUUCUACGCCCGCCUCGAGUUCCACACACCCAACCAACCGCCUGAGUGCUCACGGUCCACACCCCGCCCACUCCCACGCUCCAUCCCUCUGCCUGGAGUCCCUGCACUGGGCAAGAACAAAAGGUUGUUAAGCCUGUAUCAAGCACUUGAGAAUCACCUAGAGAACUUUGCAAAAUACCAAGGCCCAGGCUCCAAACCAGAUCAAUUAAUACGAAUCUGUAGGCAGAAGUCCUCUGCAUCAAUAUUUUCCCCCCAGGUACAGCCAGAUGGCAACCACUGGUAUAGAGACUGCAAGAUAACCCACGGAAGGAUAAUUAAGGUUGACACACUCUCUAACCCCAACACAUACAUAGGGCUUGCUGUCAUUCUUAGGAUCCUAGCACCCCAGAAACAACAGUCCACAGAAUCCCCCAACUGCCAGGACCUCCUCAAGCUUUGUCCCUGCAACGCAUUGUCACUUUAUCUUAAUUUGUUCAUUAGAAGCCAGUUGUUAAGGCCCCACCUGGGGAAGGUAUCCAGUAGAAUUUGCUGGCUUUUAAGGUGCAUAGGAGGGGUGCUGAUGCCUUUGGACCACUGGGGUUGGGAAGGCAAGUGGGCUACCAGAAGAGGUUUCCCUGGAAUGAGGGAGAGCUGCUUCAGGGUGGAGAAUCUGCAUUUUUGUCCCUCCCUGUAGGUCUCUGUGGUCUUGGGAGAAACUGCACCCCCCUUCUUAGAUUUCUCUGGGGGAAAUACCAGGAAUGAUGUGGCACAGAGGGGAGAAGGUAGUCAGAAGUGGGUGGUAUGGUCGGGUAUAUCUACAUUUGACCCUGGGGCCUCAGUAAACGUCUGAUAAGCUUGGGGUCAUUCUCCCCUGAGAAGGGAUGGAAUGUGGAUAUGGUUCAGUAACACUCAACAGUGACUCAAGCAACACUGAUGGCCUGACUGCCAUGUAUUAUAAAAACUUAAAAAGGCAAACUGAGGAAAACAUUGACAGCAAAAUAUGUAUAAAGGGUUACUAUGUUAAUAGGUUUUACAAAUCA